CUAGCUUGCCAAAUACAUUCUCUCUCUCUCUCUCUCUCUUUAUAUUUCUUCCUCUCAUUUUUCGAGUUAGGUUUGUGUUGUCGCUGAGAUCGCAGCGUUGCGCAUUGUGAACUAGUUGUAAGUAGCUGCGUAAUUUUAAGUUCUUUGCGCUUGAUCAUCCGACUCUGGUUCAUGCAGUGUGAAGUCUAGGUGGUGCAGUAAUCUCUAAGUGAUGUAGAGUUGAAUUGAUCGGGUAUCUUCUUCUAAGGAGUAUUUAAGCUCCUGGAGAAAAUAUGGACAACAAGACAUGGGGCUGGAGGAAAAAAUCUAGUGAGAAGCCUAUUUCAGAAAAUGUUAAGGUAGAUCUUUCUGUGAAAGGAAACGAACAAGAGAUACUUUUGACUGAUAAAGCACGAUUAGAGAGUGAUUUGAAAAGCUUACACGAGAAGCUCUCUUCUAUCCUUGCUGAGUGUAAUGCCAAAGAUGAUCUAGUGAAGAAACACACAAAAAUAGUGCAGGAAGCAGUAGAAGGCCAGAGAAAGGCUGGAGCCGAAGCAAUGCUUCUAAAGCAAGAAAUAGAUGAAGCUUUACAGCAGAAAUGUGAUGCUGAAAAAAGAUUAAGUCAGCUGGAUGCUACUCUCAAGGAAUGUAUGGAGCAGCUACAUUUUGUUCGAGAAGAGCAGGAGCAAAGGAUUCAUGAUGCAGUGAUGAAGGCAUCUAGAGAAUUUGAAAAAUCCGAGAUGAUUGCAGAGGCGAAUUUGGCUGAGUCCGGCAAAAGGCUAUCAAAAUUAGGUGUUGAGAAUACUCAUCUUACUAAGGCUCUCCUAGAAAAGGAAAAGAUGGUAGAAAACUUAACUAAACAAAGGAAUCAAUCGGAGGCUGAAUUUAGUGCAUUAAUGAUUAGAUUUGAUUCCAUAGAAAAAGCAAAUGCUUCUCUGAAAUAUGAAGUUCGAGUGCUUGAGAAGGAGCUUGAGAUCCGGAAUGAGGAGAGAGAAUUUAAUCGCCGAACUGCUGAUGCAUCACACGAACAACACUUGGAGAAUGUGAAGAAAAUUGCCAAGUUAGAAUCAGAAUGUCAAAGGCUACGUCUCCUGGUAAGGAAGCGGUUGCCAGGGCCUGCUGCCCUGGCAAAAAUGAAAAAUGAAGUUGAGAUACUGGGAAGGGAGUCAAAUGAAACAAGAAGGAAAAGGUUAAAUUCUAGUCCUCUUGGUUUAAUGGUUGGCUCUGCAGUUGAAAACUCUCCUGACUCUCCCAGCAGAAGUAUUUAUUCUCUGACUGAGCAGUUAUGCACAAUGGAAGAAGAAAAUAAGACUCUUAAGGAUGUUCUUAAUAAAAAAGCUAAUGAACUCCAAUUUUCAAGAACAAUGUAUGCUCAUACAGCUUCCAAAUUAUCAGAGGUUGAGUCACAGCUGGAAGAAUUAUCGCAAGGUCAGAAAAUCAUGGAGCCAACCAGGAACAAUGCUGUCCCGUAUGAAUUCUCUGUGGCUUCAAUGCCAGACAUUGGUAAUGAAGAUAAAGUCAGUUGUGCUGAAUCACAGGCUUUGACUUUGAUCUCGGAAUUGGAACACUUCAGAACACAGAGGGGUUCGCCAUUGCGCAAUUCUGUUGGAGCUUCUGACAUAAAUCUGAUGGAUGAUUUUGUUGAAAUGGAAAAACUGGCUGUAGUCUCUGUUGAUAAACCAUGCAAGAGUUCUCUUGUUUAUCCAGGUGAAGCUAAUGAAGUUGUUGGCCCCUCUGAAUCUGAGUCUACUGGGAAUUUCUUGGAGGUUGUAAGUAAGGAGAUUGUUCGGAAUUCUGACCGUCUGUCCGACAUUGGUGUGCCAGAUCAGGAAAAUAGAUCCACUGAUAUUCUGGUCUCAAAUGUUCCUGGCUCACAUUGGCAUCAUGAAAUACUGAAGUUGAUCUUAGAGCAAAACCGUGUCACACAGAGACAACCUUCUGAGAUACUUGAUGAUAUUAGAGUAGCUUUGGCCAACAUAAAUCAUCCAAAAACCAGUAAAUCAGUUGAUGCCAAAGAGAGUACUUAUCAUCCUGAUGCAUCAAGCUCACCUAAUUUUUGUUCAGCAACAUACUUUAACAUCUCAAAAGAAGAGAAGUCAGACCAGCAGCUUUGCUCUGAUCCGAAUAAAUCAAUAUGCAAAAUAGCUGAGCUCAUUGAAGGCAUCUUAGAUACCUUGUCCAAGAAAGAUGGAAGUCAUCUCUCAUAUAAAAACUCAGAAACACCUUCUGGCUACACGGUUCGUGUUUUCCAAUGGAAAAGUUUUGAGCUUAGUGGUGUUUUACAGCAGUUUGUUCAUGCUUGUUAUGAUGUAUCAAACAAAAACACCGGCUUCAACAAAUUUGUCGAAGAGUUAAGUACUGCUUUGGAGUGGAUAAUCAACCAUUGCUUUUCCCUUCAAGAUGUUUCCAGCAUGAGGGAUACUAUAAAGAAGCAUCUGGAUUGGGAUGAAUCAAUGAGUGAAAAUGAAGCAGAAUUUGGAAUUACUGGUCAAUUUGCAGAAGCAGAUAGAUUAAGUAUUUCCAGAGAAAACUUGUCGUCCUUCUCCAUGUUCGCUGCUUCAAAUGGCCAUAGCAACUUCUUUCAAAAGGAAGAAUUUCAGUAUAAUAUGAGAGAAGAAAAUAACAAAUCAAGAAAUGGUUCCAUCAGUGCAGAAGUUGUGAAUAAAAAUGUUGAAGGGAGUAUCCAGUCAGCCGAUAAGACUGAUCCAUUAGCGAAUGAACUUCAGGAAUCGGAGAAAAUCAUUUCAAACUCGCAAAAUGAGUUAGAAACUUUGAAAAAAUCAAAGGACACGAUUGAGGAUCAAGUUAAGAAUCACGAUUUGAUAAAUGAAGUCCUUGAUGCACAGCUUUCAGUGCCCAAAGUUGAAUUGAAUGAGGCUUGCCAGAAAUUUUUAUCACUAGAAGCCCAGCUGGAGAAUGGAAGUAAAAGCUGUAAAGAACUGGAGACCACAAGCCUUGAACUACAACCCCAACUUGAGAGUGUGACAAAGAAUGAAUUUCCAAACAGAGAACACAAGCAGGAUGAAAAGCAAAUUCGAACUGACUGGGAGAUUACAGCUGCUUCCAAAAAGUUGGCGGAGUGUCAAGAGACUAUUCUAAACCUAGGGAAGCAGUUGAAAGCUUUGGCCUCUCCUAGGGAAGCAGCCCUUUGUGAUAAGAUCGUCUCUACCCCAACAGACACAAUUACUAUCCCUACCAACAAUGCCGCUGCCACUACAACUACCACCAACACCAACACCACAACCACAAACCCAACCCCUUCAAAGAAGAAGCACACUACCCAAAGGUCAUCUCUGCUAGAUCAGAUGAUAGCUGAAGAUAAGGAUGUGAACUCUCCGAAGAUCAAAGAAAUUGACGGCAAUUACAGUUCUGUCUUUGUAGAAGAACCAUUAGAAAAUAUCAUUGCUUCAAAUCAAAGUAAACAAGGGAACGAGGAAUCUGUACGCAAUUCCUCGGUGAUUGUACCCAGCAGAAAACAGAGCGGUUCAAGUUUAUGGAAAAAGCUAUUUCGGAGAAAAAACAAAGUUAACAUCAAGAAGAUGCCACUUCCAUUUGCCCCGCAAGCAUGAACAUGACAGAAUAAAGCAAUGGCAUUGACUUAAGAGUUUGUGCUCGGCUCUGGAUUUGUUGUGAUGGCAGUUACUGGGUUUGUUCUACUGUAGAGGGGAUUAAACUUUGGCUUCUAUUACUUGUAAAAGGGAGAGAGAUUGCUUCGUGUCGUAUGUUCUAUUGCUGUGCAUAAAGCUGGAUAGCCUAGAUUUUUUUUUUAACCGAAAUGCAUAGUAUUUGGUGAAAGUAAAUUCAAGAUAUAAAUGCUAUAAAAAUUUAAAUC